AGUACCGGUCCAAGUGCAGGGAACAACCGCAUAGUUCAACUUGGACCCUGAAGGUUAAACUGAUUAACACUAACAACGAGAACGGCAACAAUGCAGUCUAUGGAAAAAAUACAAGCUGUUUCAAGAUGUUUCUCGAUCUGUCAGAUGCAUCUGCUAGUCAGAAACACCUGUGACGGAAGCUGUAAGAGAGAGAUAAAGAACAGAGCACAAAUGAAGAAGGAGGAAACAGAGAAAGGAAACAGAGACAGAAAGAGAGAGGGUUAAUAAAAGAGGACACAAAAGAGAAGAGAACAAAAAGGUGGAAAGCCAAGAAGAGAAGAACAUUUUCCUACAGCACAUGGAGAGACACAUUCACACUCUGAUCCAAGACGCUGGGUGGAUGGUGGAGAGGAGACUGAUUCAAGGUGUGUUUCUCCUGCAUGUCUCACAGCACCCCAAACCCUUAGUUUGAAGUAAGGAGCAGCCAAGGGACACAACAGCGCACAUAUCUGGGGACAAGGGGGCAUUGUUGUAGACCAGGGUACAGGAGGUGGGGAAGGGGGAGGGCAGUUUUCAGGGCAGAAGUAGGGGGGUGGGACAGUUAUCAGUAGAAGACGUGAGAGGCUAGCAGUUAUCAAAAUAACACAGAGGCAGAGGGAUGAGCAAGAUACAGCAGAUCCUCCAGGACAUGGUAAUUGAACCGGAUCUACUGGCCGAGCUGAAUGAGGAGCAGAAGCAUAUCCUGUUCUACAAGAUCCGGCAGGAACAGGUUCAGUGCUGGGAAUACCGCGAGACCCAGUUUGAAAAACAGAACCCUGGCCCAUCAGACUGCUCCCAGAAAAGUGGCAAACGGGGCAUACAGUGGCUCCUGGGCUCUGAUGGGGAGGUGUGGGUGUGGGUGAUGGGAGAAGGGCCUGGAGACCGACCAUUUGAGGAGAUUGUGGAGCAGCUGAUGUCAGAGAGAGCCAGGAGACAAGCCCAGCAAGAGGCACAGGAGCUGUGGCGUGUGAAAGAGGCAGAGAUUGAACAGAAGUUCAGAGAAGCAAUGGCCAAAGAGAAGGCUCGCUGUGUGGCAGAAAAAUGGAAGGAGGAGACAGAGGACAGGAAAGAGGAGCGCAUCCGGGAGGAGCUGAAGAAAUGUAAGGAGGAGGAGAGGCAGAGAGGAGAAGAGGAGGUCCGGCGCACAGAGGAGAGGAGGGCAAAGGAGCUGUACAUCUCUCUGCGUCAGGAGGACAGAAGGAGUGAGACAGAGGACAAGGAGAGGCAGGAACAAUUGCAGCGCUCAAAGGCAGCAGAUGAGGAGAUGAAGUUUAAGGCCCGGAGGGCGAGAGAUGAGUAUAAGCGACAGUCGCUCCGGGCAAUCGAGAAAGGGUUGGUGGCUGGGAUCAGCGGCCUGUUCCAGAAAACCCACCUCAAUGGAUCAGGGCAGAACCGCUGGCACAGCUCCGUGAUGGAGUCUUCAAUUACACCGUCACCCACUGAAGCCAUCCAGUCCACAACCAACCCCAGCGGGCAGCCGCCCACAGUACACAACCGUUGGCACCAGAACCGCAGACACAGCACAACCGCUGUGCGCCUCACUGACAGUUCCACGUGGGUGUGGCCACCCCGCCCCUGCUCUCGGGACUCCAUCCUGCAUUGGUUCAGAGAUGAGCAGAGGCCCAAAAGAGCUGGGUAUGAGAGAAACAGCAACAACAUUGCCCCGUGGUUCCAUGGCAUAAUCACUCGUCAGGAAUCUGAAUCUCUGUUGAUGAACGCUGGGGAGGGGUGCUUCCUGGUCAGGUUGAGCGAGCGGAUUCGGGGGUACACCCUGUCUUACCGCACAGCCGCUGGCUUCAAGCACUUCCUUAUCGACGCCUCGGGGGACUAUUACAGUUUUCUGGGUGUCGACCAGAGCCGGCAUGCCACUCUGGCAGACCUCAUUGAUUUUCACAAGGAGGAGGUGAUCACUACAUCAGGAGGAGAGCUGUUGCAGGAGUCCUGUGAGAGAAGCUCCUCCUCAGACUUUGGUGGAUUAUUUCAAGACCUCCAAACCUCCAAACUUCAGUAAUCCCACCUACCCUCACCCUAACAUUUCCUCGGUGUUCCACACACCAUAAUCCUAACUCUGCCCGCACCGGCAGCACUGUCUCUGAGCGCACCCCAGGCAGCGGCCAUAAAAAUGUGCUCCGGUUACCGUGGGGCGCAUGAAUAAACCAGCGGUCCAGCAUUGUCCUCGCAAAAAAAAAGCCACUUGAGUCACAGUCAGACACAAAGACCUGAUAAAUUCCCCUGCUCCUGACCUGAAAGCGCAGGGAAGAAGGGCACAAAAGGCAUGUUCCGCUUUACCAGUGUGAUCCUGUGCUGUAAGUGAGCGUGUUUCCACUGACUGAAGCCUAUUCAGCAGGGAGAAUUUGCACACUGGAAAGGGGAGGGGGAGGGGUCAUGGACGCACUGGCACAUAGAUACGCAAUAAAUACUGCCCGCGUCACUCUGCGGGUCAUUACCUGCUGGGAACAAAGGCUUCCUGUAUCCUGCCAGUGUCGUAUUUACCUGGGCACAAUGCCGUCUACAUAUCAGCUAUGGGCAUUUAUCUACCAUAAACAGAUCUGCUGCACAUACAUAGAUGUACAUUACACAGAUAUGCUGCAUAUUGAUCUACAGUACAGAUCUGCUGCAUAUGUCAAUCAAUCAAUCAAAUUUUAUUUGUAUAGCGUAUUUUACAGCAGUUGUCCCAAUACGCUUUACAGACAACCCUGGCCUAAACCCCCACAGGAGCAAGCCUAAGGCAACAGUGGCAAGGAAAAACUCUCUGUGGCAGAUCGGAAGAAACCUGGGAAGGAACCAGGCUCAAGGGGUAAACCCAUCCUCCUCUGGUCGGCUCAGGGUGCCGACUGGUGACCAACAUGUAGAUAUAGAUCUUCAGUAGACAGAUAUGUUGCACAAAGAUGUACAUUACACAGAUCUGCUGCAUAUAGAUCUAUUUAUAUGAGUAUAUGUGUGUGUGUGUGUAUAUAUACAUAUAUAUAUAUAUAUAUAUACAAUUAAGCCCAAAAUUAUUAAUACCUAUGCCAAAUUUUGAGUUAUAGUGAAUCUUUACAUUACAUUACAUUACAGGCAUUUGGCAGACGCUCUUAUCCAGAGCGACGUACAACAAAGUGUAUAACCAUAACCAGGAACAAGUAUGAUGAAAACCCUAGAGAG